AUGACGUCGCAGCCAGCUACUCCUAGCGCCAUCGCAGUCUCCAGAGAGGAUGUGAACGGCGACACAGUUAAUCACCUUCGCCAGCGCUUGCAUGAGGCCGAACACACCAUCACCGGGCUUAAAGCGACGCAAGAUUUCGUUGUGGCCCAGAAUGCGGAGCUCAAGAAAGAAAACAACCAGUUGCGGGAAAACAUGGCCGUACUUCGAUGCCAAAACUCACGGGCUGGUAACUCUAGCAAUGAAGCCAUUCCAGUCGGCAGCGUAACAAUGAGCCCAGACGACUUGAAGAAACUCCAGGGCAUUCUCCAGGAAGUGAAACGACACGGCAGCGAGCUUCAUCAAAAAGCAGGAGAACUUCGCGACUCUGUGCUUCUCAAACAAGAGGAUUUCAGUCGAAAGCGACGACGCACAGAUUCAGACACCGACAGAAAUGAAGAAGAAAACCCUGCAAUGCAAUUUGUCAAAUCGUGA